AUGUCCUGGAAACUCACCAAAAAAUUGAAGGAAACGCACCUGGCGCCCUUGACUCAAACCUUUACUCGGUCAUCCUCGACCUCAACGAUCAAGGGUGACUCAAAUGGUGCUGAGGAGACUCCGGUGGCCGCCCCCUCUCCCAGUGUUGCCGCCUCGACCCCCUCAACCGCCUCCACCAACGGGAUCGCCGCCUCCGAGUCACUCGUUUCGCCUCCAGUUGCUUUUCUCAACCCAGGCAUUCUCAUCGUCACCCUCCACGAAGGCCAGAGCUUCUCUCUGUCCCCCCACUUCCAGCAGAUCUUCAACUCGCAUUUCCAGAACAACUCCUACGCACCAUCCUCCUUGCGCCCAAGUACUUCUUCUUCGUCACAUUCGACGCAAGCGAGUUCCUUCGUACCGUCCAAUCGUCCGCAAUCCACCAGUGGGGGGAUCAAUGCCGCCCCGACCAUUCAUGGCCGCUAUUCGACCAAGUAUCUUCCAUACGCCCUUCUUGAUUUCGAAAAGAACCAGGUCUUCGUGGAUGCCGUGUCGGGGACUCCGGAGAAUCCCCUGUGGGCCGGUGACAGUACAGCCUUCAAGUUCGAUGUGUCCCGGAAGACUGAGUUGAACGUACAGUUGUAUCUGCGCAACCCUGCGGCUCGGCCUGGUGCCGGUCGGAGUGAGGACAUCUUCUUGGGUGCGGUCAAGGUUCACCCCCGCUUUGAAGAAUCUCAACCCUUUGUGGAGGACCCGAAAUUGAGCAAGAAGGACAACCAGAAGGCGGCCGCCGCUCAUGAAGAGCAGGGCCGCCAGCAGGGUCAGCAGGGUGCCGAGUGGCUGGAUCUCCAGUUCGGGACCGGCUCGAUCAAGAUCGGUGUCUCUUUUGUCGAGAAUAAGCAACGUAGCUUGAAGCUGGAGGACUUUGAUUUGUUGAAGGUUGUGGGCAAGGGAAGUUUCGGCAAAGUCAUGCAGGUCAUGAAGAAAGAUACUGGCCGAAUUUACGCCCUCAAGACCAUUCGCAAGGCUCACAUUAUCUCCCGAUCCGAAGUGACGCACACUCUUGCCGAGCGAUCGGUGCUUGCGCAGAUCAACAAUCCGUUCAUUGUUCCCUUGAAGUUCUCGUUCCAGUCACCCGAAAAGCUGUAUCUGGUCCUUGCCUUCGUGAAUGGUGGAGAGCUCUUCCACCACCUCCAACGAGAACAGCGAUUCGACAUCAACCGAGCCCGAUUUUAUACCGCGGAGUUGCUGUGCGCUCUUGAAUGUCUGCAUGGGUUUAAGGUCAUCUACCGAGAUCUCAAGCCCGAGAACAUUCUUCUUGAUUAUACCGGCCACAUUGCUCUGUGUGAUUUCGGUCUUUGCAAACUGGACAUGAAGGAUGAGGAUCGAACAAACACGUUCUGUGGAACUCCCGAGUACCUCGCACCGGAACUCCUGCUUGGCAAUGGCUACACGAAGACGGUGGAUUGGUGGACUCUGGGUGUUUUGCUUUAUGAGAUGCUGACGGGGUUGCCGCCAUUCUACGAUGAGAACACCAAUGAGAUGUACCGCAAGAUCUUGCAGGAACCUCUCACCUUCCCGAGCAGCGAUGUUGUCCCACCCGCCGCGCGGGAUCUCCUCUCGCGACUGCUGGACCGGGAUCCUCAGCGCCGGCUGGGUGCCAACGGAGCCGCCGAGAUCAAGUCGCAUCACUUCUUUGCCAACAUAGACUGGCGCAAGCUUCUUCAGCGGAAGUACGAACCUAGCUUCCGACCGAAUGUGCUGGACGCCCGUGAUACAGAAAACUUUGACCGCGAGUUCACUUCCGAAGCACCCCAAGACUCAUAUGUCGACGGGCCGGUCCUGUCUCAGACCAUGCAACAACAGUUUGCCGGAUGGUCCUACAACCGGCCGGUGGCCGGCCUUGGGGAUGCUGGCGGCAGCGUGAAAGACCCAUCAUUCGGAAGCAUCCCGGAGUAA